AUGGCUAUCGAUACUUUUUUAGAAAAUGAAAAUAAAAGAUUUAAAAAAAUAAAUGAAAAGCUUUUAUAUUUAUUGAACAAAUAUAGAUAUGCAUAUUUGAAAUCUCUUGAACUUAUAAAUUUUUAUGAAGAAAUAAUAAGAAAUAAUUAUGAUGAUAAAGAAGAUAAAGAUUUGCUUAAUAACUACAAAAAAAAAAGGCAGUGUGAACAUAUUUUUGAGGAGGAAAUAUUUUUAAGAAAAAGAUUUAAAAAUAAUUUAUUUCAUAAUAAAAUAUCUAUUGACAUUAUACCAUAUAAAAAUACAACAAAUUAUGCAAAAGAAAAAGAUAUAAUCAAUAAAAAUGAGAUAGAUAUUUUAGAUAGAGGUAAAGAUACUAGUUGUGUAACGUCAUUUUUAAAUGAUGAUAUCAAUGAAAAAAAUAAAUCUGAUUAUAUAAAUUUAGGUGCUUUAGAUUUUAGUGCAUAUAAGGAAGAUUCAGAAGGAUAUAUUAAAUACUAUGAAAAAGAAAAGAGCAAAAUAAUUAAUGAUAAAAUAAACAAAGAAAGCAUUAAUAAUGCAUCAAAAUCUGUCUAUAACUUUGAAUUAAAAAGGAAACCAUUAUUUAAUCAAUCGAUAUAUUUGAAGCAUAAUAAUAUAAAACAUUCCCAAAUAACAACUUUAUCUUCUUCCAAUAAAAGUAUAUAUAUAGAUAAAUAUUCUAAAGUAAAUAAUAAUAAAAAAAUAAAUGUGUUAAAUAAAAGUGUGUAUCAAAAUACAUUAAAUAAAAAAAGUUUAAAAAGUGAUCUUAACAGAAGUAUAUUUGUUUCUAAUAAUAAACAUCUACCCAAUUUAAAUAAGAGUAUUUAUAUUGAUUCUAAAAACAUUUAUAAUAAACAUACUAAUAUAGUUGAAAAACCCUUUUCGACGAAUAAAAAUACUCUAAUAAAUAAAAAUAAAAACAGUGAAAAUGUUGUUAAUAAAAAAGUAAAUAUAAACAAAUCAAAUAAUUUACAGAAUAGUAUUUAUAUAAGAAAAUUAAAUACCUCUUAUAUCUCAAAUAAUAGCAUUUACGUAAAUAAAAAUACAUUAAAUAAAAGUUUUUACCGAAGCAAUACCCAUAUGAAUAAUAAAAAAAAGGAGUGUAAAGAAAAUUUAACAGAUAAUAGAGACUGUACUAUGAAUGUGAAAUGUAAAUUUGGUGAAAAUAAAAUUAAAAAUGAAAUUAAAAAUAUUUCUACGGAAGAAAAAACAAAUAUAGAAAUUAAAAAAGAGGGAUGCAAUGAAUUUCCUAUGAAAAAUUCAAGUGGAAUUGAUUCAUAUGUCCCUUUAACAUUAAAAAAUAUAGACGAUUUAAUAGAAAAUGAUAGCAAGAAUAAAAAUUCUAAAAUAGGAAUAAAUCCUUGCAAUGUUAUUGAAUUAAAAAAUAAUGAAAAUUUAUCUGAUGUAUUAUCUUUAAACGAGGAGGGAAAAAAUACAAUAAAUUGUUAUUUAAAAGAAAAAAAUAAAUUUAAUGAACCAAAAAAUAAUUUAUCAGAUAUCUGUUCCCAUAUAAGAAAAAAGAAGAUAACAGUAGACAAUUUGUGUGAUGAAUUACAAAAUGAAGACAACGUAAACGAAGAAAGAAUAUGUGAAAAAUUAAAUCAUAAUAGUUCCACUUACAAUUUAAAUAAUAAAGAAAAUUAUUUAUCUUAUGAAGAUAAAGUACAAACAAAUAAAUUAGAUCAUAUAAAUAUUAAAAGCGAAUCACUUGAAUACAUUGAUAAAGAAAACAAAAGUUUAAUUAAAUGUUCUGUUCUUACAUAUGGAGAUGAAAAUAAUUAUUCAGUUAAUAAUAAAAAUGAUUCCAAAGAAACUUUUGAAGAUACAAAAAAGGCAGAUAUUAAGAACAAAUCCCAAAUUUGUUUUAAGAAAGAGGAGAGUAUUAAAGAAGGUAAUCACAUAUUAAAUAUGGAAAAAGAAAAAGAAUCAUAUAAAGUAUCAAAUAAUUUUGAUGUAUUACUAAAUAUUAACAAUUGUAACAGUGUUAUUAGCACUGAAAAAAAUGCUUCAAAGAAUAAUUAUAUAAUGAAUAAUGAUAAUUUAAUAUUGAAAAAUAAAAUAGAUGCUAAUUUUAAUAAAGAAAAAGAAGAUAAUAAAGAUGAUAUUAUUUCUAUAAAUGAAAAUGAGAUAAAUACAAAAGCUGACAUAAGUAUAAAUGAUAAUAUCGAUGAUACAAAAAAGUGUAAUAACAAGAUCCCAGUAAAUUUUAAAAAUAUUAUUUUAAAUAUAAAUGAUGAAAUUAAAAAUAGAUUACAUAAUUCAAAAGAAGAUGAUAAUUUAUUAGCAAAAAAAAUUAACAGUAAGCAACCAAUUUUAAAAAAGUUUCCUUUUCCUUCAUCUCUUCGAAAAAAUUUAUUAUUUACUAUAGAUAAAGAAGAAGUAAAAAAUUUAAAUAAUAACAGAGUUAAUCUGCAUAUAGAAAUGAAUAUAAACUUAGAAUAUAUUACACUUGAUUCAAUAGACUUAGAUAAAGCUAUCAAUGAAGGUAUAUAUAAUUAUAAAAAAAUAGAAGAAAGUUAUAUUGAAUCUGGACAUUAUAUAAAGGAUAUAAUUAUAUACAAUGAUAUAAUGAAAAAGGAAGAAAAGACAUUAUCUUUUUGCGAUGUAAAUGAUGGAGAAAGAGCAUGUGAAAAAAAUAAAAUAAUUCUUUUUAAAUCAUCUAAUCAAAUAAAAAGUGAAAUAACAAAAAAUAUAGGAAUUUCUAUAUUCCAUUGUAUAAAUACUUCUAUACAUCCAUCAAAAUCCUUAGUAAACGAUGAAAAGUUAGGAAUAUGGUUUACAAGAAAGAAAAAAGAGAAAAAUGAUAGUAAAAAUUUCAAAGAAUCUGAUCCAUCACAAUCAUUAUUAUUUAAAAAAAAUAAAAGGAGAAUAAGUAUGAUGGGUUCAUUUUGCCAACCAUUAACUAUAAUGUUAAGUUCAUUAAAAAGACAAAGUGAAUAUAACAGUUUAAAAAAAAUCAUUACAUCAUUGAUAUUAUGUACAUGUGAUUCUUCUUCUUUAGAAAAAAUUCUACACACAUUACCUGAUGAAAAUAGUAAAAAUUAUAUGUUUUGGAAAGAAGCAUUAAAUAAAUUAUAUGUACAUGUAGGAGAAAGAAAAAAUGAGAUUAUUAAUAAAUUUUUAGAAAUAAAAGAAGAAGAUUCAGAUGAGAAUAAUGAGGAUGAUACUUGUGAAUUGAAUGAAAAAAAUAAAUAUGAAAAUUUUAAUAUAAAAACAUACGAUUUUAUGAAAGGAAUAAAUAAUUAUGAUAACUGUUUAAAUACUUCUUAUUCUUCAACGAAUACUACUUCUACCUAUGAUAAUUCAAAUAAAAAAAGUGUUUCAGAUGAUUCUAAUAUAUACGAAGAUGAAGAAUUUUGUUUAUUUAUGUGCACCAUAAACAACGUUCAUAAAAGACUUAGAUAUUUAUUACUUGUGGAUAACUUUGAUUAUAUAUAUGAAGAUCUUUUAACACAUAUAAUAAAUAAGUUAAAUAGUAUUGAAAUAAUAGUAAAUAAACAUUUAUUACUAAAACAAUUAUUCUGCAAUAUUUUAUAUUUGUGCAAUUGGUUGAAUGAACCAAAGAUAUACAAAUGGUUUCAAUGGAAUACUGUUGUAAAAAAAUUAGAAAAACUUUAUGGAUAUUCAGAUAAUGGAAAGAUAUCAAGAGAUAGGUGUAUAAUGUUUCUUUUAGCUGAACAUACUGGUGAGAUAUUUACUGAGAAAGAAUUAAAUAACCUAAAAAAAAUAAGCAAGUUUCAUAUAAAAGAUCUUUAUGAUAAAUCUGUUGAUUUUAUCAAUUCUUAUUUAGAAUUAAAAAAUCAAAUGAAUACUGAGGAAUUUAAAAAAAGUUGUUGUAUUAGUUUAGAUGGAGAAAAUAUUUUUUCCGAGGAUAAGUUUUUAGAAAAGACAAAAGUAUUUGUGGAAAAAAAUUAUAAAAAAAUGCUUUUUAUUAUAUGGAAUAUAGUUCUUUUAAUAAAACAAUAUUUAAUACUUAUUAUAUGGCUAGGAGAUGUUAAACCUUUUUAUCCUCUUUUUAGUUAUAUAGAUGAAAAUAAAAAAAUUAAGUAUUCUCACGAUUUAUUUAUAGAUAUUGCUCUUUUUUUUGAAUCAUACAACAAGUACAUAAGUGUUAUAAAAAAAAAAAAGGAAACUAAUAUAAACAAGAAUAAUGCAUUAACAAAAAAUAAUGGUGAUUGCUUUUUACCGUCAGAUUUUCUUUCAACUAAUGCUGAAAAACCUAUUUUAAAUGUAGAAAACAAUUUAAAUAAUAAUUUUUAUAACUAUACGGAUAAUAAUAAUAUAAUUAAUAACAAUAAUAGCAAAAAGAACUUCGAUGAGGAGGAGAUGAAAAAUGCUUUUAAACUGAUAAACACUGAACCUAAAAAAAGAAAGUCAUUAACAAAUACAGUUGAUUAUGCAUGUGAAAUAAAAAGAAAAAGCUUGGAAAAAAAAGAAAAGAAAUUUAUUAAAGAGGCAAGUUUGGAGAGUAUUUGUGAAGUAGAAUUUGAAUUAUCUGAUUAA